AUGCCCAACCACGACCUCAUUCUGCUCGCUCCCCAUGCCGUACGUCCGCCGCCCCAGUUUGAGUUUGCCUCUGCCAAGCCCCAGAUUCUUCUCCCUCAGUACCAGCUCUAUGCGGUUCAGCGCUGGGUCGAGCAGCGCCGCCCCUUUCCCUGUCUUCUCGUCUACACCGCCAACGACGACCACCGCGUUCUCCUCGAUGCCCUCGCUCCCGCCACCCCCGCCGUCUGGGACUCUACCCUCGCUCUCCUUCGUGCAGACGGCGCACGCCCAAAGCAGACUCCCCACGGCACCCUCAUAGUCACCUCCCUCGCCCACUUUCGCUCAGACUACAACAUCGUCCUCGUCCCCGACGGCAACUAUGCCACCGUCCAGCACCAGCUCCAUGCCAACAUCAGUCUUCUCCGCAUGGGCUGCAGUCCACGCGCUGCCCUCUCUCUCGAGGACCCCAGCGAUGCCACCCGCGAGCGCUUUGUCUCUGCAUACAGUCUCCCUGAUCCAGAUCCCCACAACCCCCAAGCCCCCGCUCCUGGUCCCCGUCCCCGUCCACGACCAGCACUCCGCCAUACCGUUCUCGAGCUCGUAAAGCUCAUCCAGGCAAGUCUUGCCCUCUUCGGCCUCUACCCCUCCGCCUCCGCCUCUUCCGUUCCCCAGUCUCUUGUUCUCGACGGCCUUUUAUGCGACCAGACUGUGCAGGGCAUUCGCAUAUGGACAGCCCGCGUCGGUGCUCCCUGCGUUGGCCUAGAGCCCACAGAGCGCAUCGCUGAUCCCCUCUUUGUCUCUGCCAUUCUCACCCUCGUCCUCUCUGUUCGCAACAAGCUCGCCUAUCUCGGCUACUCUUUUAUCCUCCCCAGGGACCCUUUUCUCUACCCGUACGCCUUUUCUCUCGCCAUCAGCCACUAUAUCCAGUCUACUGCCCCCCACCCGCCCCAGAACAACCGCACCUUUUCUACCCCGCAUCUUUCUAUCCAUGUCUCUACCCCACUCAUCCCCCCAGCCCCGCCUCCUACCAACUUUCUCUCUGCCUCCGCUGCCUCUGCUGCUGCUGCCGCCACAAUUCAGUCGCUUCCCGUUGGCGCAGUUCUUACCCGCGAGCUCGUCGAGUCCAUAUCCGCUGCAUACGACGCCAAGCUCAAGGCAGAGAACAGAAAGGUUCGUCGUGUCAUCAAGAACCGUCUCGCUGCAGCAGCCGACAGCGAUGGCGCAGCAGACUCGAGCGAUAUCCUUCUGCGCGACCAGCGCAGGCACACCCUCAGUCUAACUCUUAGUGGAGGUGAAGCCGCCUCCGACCGCUCCCCCGCCCAAGCAGGUCUUGCCGAAGGCAGCUCCAGUGUCCCUUCCAUUGGCUCUAGUGGCGGUCAGUUGCUCAGCGGCAUAGGGAGCAGUCUCGCCAGGCUCACAACGACCGGCACCACCCAUGGCGAUCCGGGCGCCGUCAUGUCCCCCACCCUCGACCUCCCCGGAUUCGUCACCCUCGCCGUUGGCACCGGUGCCUCUUCCUUCUCGCGCAGGGAGAAGCGUGCGAGGAGGAAGAGCAAGGAGCGCGCCCGCCGCGGAGAGAGCAUGGACAUUGGCACCGGCAGUGCUGCUCUCUAUGAGCGCGAGCGCGAUCAUGUCAUAGCGGGCACCAUCCGUGCCCUAUGGAGCGGUCGUGUGAUGGAGCUCGUGCGCAUGCGCGAGGAUGCAGAGGGCACCUCCGCCGCGCACAGGCUCGGCAUGGGCCAUGGCGAUAGUAGGACUGUCUUGGCGGAACGCGACAAAUGGACGAGGCGCGGUCCCGCGAGCGACGGGGAAGAGUCGUGGAAAGAAAAGCGCGGCUACGACGGUCGUUCGACCGAGGAGGAGAGCGAUGUAUUCAACUCCAACUCGACCUCCAUGCCCGGCAGUGUGCAUUCGUUUGGCGGUAUGUGGGGUGGCCGUGUGCGAGGCAAGUUGGGCACAUGGGCUGGAUUGGCAAAGAAGAAAACCCAAAGUGUUGAUUUGAGCCAAACUCCUCCGGCCCUAUCUACGCCGUUAAAAGGAAAAGAGAAGGAGAGGGAGCAGCUGUCAGUCUCACCGAAUAAUCUGGUCCCUGUUAACGCUGGCCCACCCCAUCCGCCACCCCGCCUCGUCAUUAGUGGUAGCGGCAGCAUGAGCAGUCGUCCUUCUGCCAGUCGUAGAUCCACGACGACCGGAUCCGGCGCACAGUCACCUACACUGCCCCCUAUGGUAUUUUCAGGCGAAGGAGACGACGACGAUCUUCUCAGCAGCGGGCAGGUCUCUCCUCUGAGCGACUACAGACCAAACCCAUUCAAUAUGCUAAGUAGCGCCUCCAAUUCGCACACUCUCGCCUCUGCCGAAGGCUCAACCACAAAUCUCGCCGGCAUCAGCUCGCAGGAAUACGAGCGCACCCUCGCCAAGCUCCUAGCCCAGAAACGGCCCUGGACGGACAGGCGCGUGCCUCAGACCGCGCGCGUCGCGAGCUGGGCGGAUCCCUUGUCUGCGUCCACCAAAGACGAGGAAGACGAAGAAGAAGAUGAAGCAGAUGAAGGAGAGGAGGUAGCAAGCAUGCGCAGUUUUGAAAAGCGAUAUCCGCGCUCGCGCUCGCCUGGUAAGGCCCCGCACCGCCGUGAGCGGGACAGCGAGGCGGAGGAGAGCGAUGUCAGUCGCUUGGGACCUUCUUUGAAGCGCAAGGGCAAGGAAAAAGAAAAGGCCAGGUUUCAUAGCUUGCUCAGCGUGAUGGAUGGUGAGGGGAUGCUUGUGGAAGAGCCAAUGGAACAGUCAGAGUACGAGGACGAAGAGGAUGCGUAUUCGAUGGAUGAGGUGGAUAUAGAGGGUAUUUGGAAAAAACGGAGGAGGGCUGGAUUUGAACCUCGUCGGCGACGCAGUUUUCAUGACUUGAAAACAUUUGAAGGAAUAGAAGUGUUGACUCCUGAAUGGAUGAAAAUCGAUGUGGACAUUUGUGGCCACCUCCUCAUCAUAAGGCGUCGAGAGGAACAUCUUCGGAACGUCAUCACUUGUGCAAGGCUUGUCACACAAUCUCUGUCCAAAAUCAACCUAGCUCAGCGUCAGCACUACGAAACCCACCUCCCCACGCUCUCCAAGAUCGCCGCUGACUCCACCAUCCUCAACGAUCUCGAAACCGAGCGCCUGCGCUCCCUCAAGAUUGUGCAGUCGACCAACACCCUCGAGUACGAGUCCGCCCAAUUCCUCGUCGACGACCUUUGGCAGACUGCAGGCCAAUCCCGCCGCAAAGUAUUCGAGCUCCGCGAAAAGGUUUUCGGCACCGGCGGGCGCCGCCUCCCCGCGGGUGUACACGGCGCGCAUGGGCCCUUUAACCGUCUGCAGUGGACGCUUGACGGCCGCUCGCGCGUUGUCGACUACCGCGGCCGUACAGAGAGCGAGGCCGAAGAGGAGAGCCGGCUAGAUGAGCUCCCUUCCGUCCUACCCAUGGAUGCGCCUGCAACGCCGCUGGAAAAGAAGCGCGAGCUGCCGCCAGACGAGGACGAGGGCGACGUGGUAGAGCAUCCCGGUAUAAAGCCGAUGUGGCUUUUGAGGUUCUUUACGAGCUGGGGUGCCAGAUGGAGCGUUGCCACGGCUGCUACCUCUGCAGCAGCGACCCCGUCUCCGAGUGGUGCGCUUUCUCCUACCCCCAUACAAAAGGAGAAUAGUGGCGAGUCUGCACCGCGCAACAACGAAGAGGCCCGCCAUCAGUCAAAACCGAAUCAUGACUCUACUGACCCCGGUGGGGAAAAACCUGAGAUGAAAAAUACCCUUCCAGAAUCUCCGAGCGCCUGA